GAGAUCUAUUCCAUCACUAUGGCAGUGAACAUUCUGCCACCAAAACCAUGGUUCUCACAGGGGACUGGAAUACUAAUUGGGACAACUUCAGGGGUGAAUUCGAGGACUAUGCGCUGGCGACCGGUCUACAUGAAAAACCCAACGAGGUACAAGCGGUAACUCUGAGGAGUUUAAUGGGCAGCGAUUCCAGGCACAUCUACCUGCACAAUCUCCCCCACACAGCACAACAACAGGGUGAUGGAAAGGCCAUUCUGGAUGCGUUGGAUAACUACUUCAAACCCGCCAAGAACGUCAUUUAGGAUCGGUUAGUUUUUGGAAGCUGCAAAACAGGAAGAGGUCUGCGGUCCAUGAGGACCUGCUGAUGCCCAGUGUUGCUGACGGGAGAGACUGGACCUCUGAAGCACCUGGUCACAAACCCUGGCCCCGGAUCAGAACCCUGGAUCAGGAGCCGUUGCUCUUCCUUCCCAAGUCAGGACCAGGACCGAACCACGAAGGACCGAGACUCCACCACCACCACACCGAACACAACCAGUGGACAGGUGGACUGAACAACCUCAGUCCUGGUGGUCAUCAGAGAGACAGAGGCUCCAGUCAGGAAUCCAGUCUGCAGCCCAGACCCUUCUCUUCACAGUCUCAGUGCAGGGAUGGAGCAGGACCUGGGGCUGAUAGAGAUAGACCCUCCUGUUCCUACGAUACAAACGCCACAGUAUCCAUGAUGAACAGAGCAGGUCACCCUGGGCUUCAGCCUUCAACGAGAGUGGUGGGAGACCCCCCUGGUGGUAGUCUAUCAGCAAGUCUGUCUUCUCCUUCAGGAUCUUGUCUAAUGCCUGUUGAAUGGGUUCAUAGGAAGCCUGGGUCCAGCCUUCCUCAGCUACCUCAUGGUUACCCCAUGAAUACAGACAGGGUCAGGAUGGGACGGAUUAGGACGGACGCCGACAAGCCGUAUGCCUGCCCCACGUGUGGGAAGCGCUUCGCUGAGGCGAGCUAUGUGAAGAAGCACCAGACCGUUCACACCAAGGAGAGGCCCUUCAAGUGCAAACUAUGUUACAAGAGCUUCUCCUUCCUGAGUAACCUUAUCAGACAUAGGAGUGUCCACAAUGGGGAGAAAUCGUAGCAGUGUGGCUUGAGAUGUACACAGGGGAUAUCUGGGAACCAUUCUUUAUCUGACAUAUUAUAGUUAUCAUGUGAAGUGUCUUUGGGUAAGAGGGUAAUUAACCACAUACCCCUCAUUAACUCUUUGUUAACUUGUCAUUUGAAAUAGGCUUGAGUAAAUCUGUUUUUAGAGAGACAGUAAACCUAAGCUAUAUUAAGGAUAGUUGAAUAUUAACCUUACUGAGGUGAUGUAGAUGGAAUAAAGUAAUUAUUUUCUCUUCUAUUCUUA